CUCGCUAAUUUUUGGACGAAAAGAGAAAAUAUUUUUGUGUAUUUUUUCUUUGGUAUGUUUAGUCUAUCGUUAUAUAAGGAUGUUUUAUUUGUUGCUAUCAUUUGGGUUGCUGAUAUGUAUAAUAUUAAGGGGAAUCUCCGUGCAAAAUGUUUACCGAGCGUUUGAUCCUCGAUUAUCAGACGCAGAUUCUGUUUUGGUGUGGGCCUCUCAUACUUUAAGGAGAUCCAGUUUUGACUUAAGCCAUGGCAGCUCACGUACAACAUCCGGAAUGAAACUCAUGGAUGGCUUUAGAAGACAGGCCACUCAAGAACCUAGGUGGGUGAAAGACCUGAGGUAUAUAGUGUUUCGAUUGAUAAGAGACAAAAAAAGCUACAGCCUGGGACAAGAACUCAAUAAUAUAGUAGAACUUAUAGAAAAAAGGGAAAAAGUAACCAUGGACAUCAUUUAUAAUGACAAUGGUAAUUUGAAUUUUGUUAUUAUUAAGACGAAAUGCAUAUAGAGUAUCAUUGACACAACUGAUGAUCCCGGACUAAAAUACCGGUUCAACCAGAAACAUCCUCCCUGAUUCGACGAGCAGUCGGUAUUUUUAUAAUAUCACAAUUUCAACUCCGAGGAAUGCAAAUUGAUCAUGUUUACCCUAUUUAAUAAUAUAAUAAUCGUAAUUAUUUGUUGUCUUUUAUCUACCACUCUAAAUAUUCUCUAAAAACUAUCUACAGAAUUUAAGUACGCAAAUUUAAACAUAAUCUUAUAUAAUAAUUUAUAAAUACCAAUAAUUCUUUUA